ACGGCUCCCGACGGUUGGAAAAACUCCGUCCGGCACAACCUGUCCCUGAACAAAUGCUUUGAGAAAGUGGAGAACAAGAUGGGCAGCUCCUCCCGGAAGGGCUGCCUGUGGGCCCUCAACCCGGCCAAGAUUGACAAGAUGCAGGAGGAGCUCCAGAAGUGGAAAAGGAAGGACCCCGUGGCGGUCCGGAAAAGCAUGGCCAAGCCAGAAGAACUGGAGGUGCUGAUUGGAGACAAGCCGGAGAAGCCACGCCCCCCCAUCCUCCAGGGAAGAUGCGGGAUGAAGAUGCUGUCGGCCUCCCGCCCGGAGCUGCUGCUGCUGGACGGCGACCUCAGCAUGGACAUUGAUGCCCUGAACCCCUCCAUCACCGGCUUCGACCUGCAAGGGAACCUGUGGGAGGCGUUGAAGGACGACAGCCUGGCAGGGGAGCCCCUGGGCCUCAUCUCGGGACCCCCGACGGCUGCCCAGGCGGACUUCCUGGCCCCCUGCCCGGUGGAUGCCGGCCCCGGCAGCGACCAGCUGCACCACCAGCACCACAGCUUGCCUGGCGUUCAACUGACCACGCUUUACUCGGCCUUCGUGGACCUGGACACCGGCCCGGCCCCCGCCUAUCUGAACCCUCCGGGCUCCAAGCCGGUGGCUCUGGUCUAG